AUGUUCCAAAACCAACCCAUCGCAAAAUUAUUGUUCGACGCAGAAAAACAACUAAGAGUGAGAAAACAACUGGACGAGUCUGUGGUUACCACCAGACCCGGACAAACAACCGCAGCAGAGGGAACCAUAUUCAAGAGUGAAACAACACCCAGACUCACCCCUGGGCCAACAACCACAUCUACUACAGUUGACUACAGUACUACUGAUUUGACUCCAACGCAUGUUCUUGGGACCACAAUUAUCAGACCCGUAACACAAACCCUUGCCGGCACUGAGACUGUGUACACAAGUCCAACAAGCACGACCGGGCGAGACAGGAUCACAGCUUCAGCCUCUUCUGUCCCAGUCAAUCCAAAGUUGUGUGGCUGUUUUUUCAACGGGACUCCGUACCGUCCUGGUGAGUUUGUGUACAACGCGAGCGACGGUUUUGGCCGGUGUUUCGUCGCGUAUUGCAACGCAUCCUGUCAAGUGGAGACACGACCCGGGCUCUGCCCGACGCUCGCCGCCGACACCGCCGGCUGCGUCGUGGUCACUCCCGACAACGCUUUGCACGUCGUCGAGGUGAACAGCACGUGGGUGUGGCCCGGCGACGCCUGUCUGACGUUCACAUGCCAGCGCAUCAACGGGCACCUGCACACUAUGGAGACCAAGACCACCUGCCCCGCUUUCAACCCGCUGGACUGCCGACCCGGCAGCGAGACCACCGACGUCAACGGCUGCUGUCGACGUUGUGAGCUGCGCAACGUGUGCCAAGUGCGGACGCGAGCCGCCGUCCUGGAGGUGAACGGCUGUCGCAGCGCCGGACCCGUCAACGUCACUUCCUGCGCCGGGCAAUGCGAGAGCUCGUCCACGUACUCGGCGGCCGCCGACGCCAUGACUCACCGGUGCCAGUGCUGCCGAGAGAGCGCCACCAGCCGGCGGGCGGUGGAGCUGACCUGCCCCGACGGAUCCAGGCUGCGGCAUAGCGUCGUGGUGGUGGAAGCGUGUCGCUGCGGCGCCGCGGCCUGCCUCGAGGAGCUGCCGGGACCCUGAGCCGGCCGGCGCUCCCGCUCGGUCUUCCCGCCGAUUCCCGCUUCGGAAAACAUUUGGGCAAUAAACGCAUCGAGAAAUGACUCGGUGGAUGCGGUUUCAA